AUGUCAUUUGACGAUCUCGACCUCCUUCUUUCCCUUGACACUGCGUUGGAACUUGUCCAUGCGGAUCGUGAAGCUCUGAAGCGUUGUGAAACAUUCAAGGACUAUCCAGCUCCGAUUGGGCAUCGAGCAAUGGGUGAACGACAUAUCGCUCCUGGGUUUGCCAGAGCCGAAGAGCAAAUGAGAAUGUAUCAACCCGCUGAGCAUGCCGAAACGACUAGUGUUGCCCUUUACUCCAGUUACUUUGAUAAGGAAUUGGCUCCUUUCAUUGAUAAAACCGACUUUCUAAACGCUGUAGUGCGGGAGAAGAAGCGGUUCGAAAAUGCGUUGGAUGAUGCAGUGGCUGGGGGGCUGAAUGCGGGAACCGAAGUAUUGAUGAACCAAACGGGCCCGAGAGUUUAUUAUCCUGAUCCUGGCGUCCCUCUUGACUGGGGCCUACCAAGGGCUGGAAGUACGAGCAAGGAGGUUGGAAGUGUUCCAUCAAGAAAUUGGGAUUCGGCUGAAUGCAAACAUCUAAAACGGCAGAUUAUUUCCCUUGAAGGAGGAUUCCAGGUCAUUGCUGACCUAAAUGCUUAUCAUGCAUUUAUUAGUUCUCUGAAAGUCCCCUCGAUACAGCAAGACUUUGCCAACCUCAAAAUGUUGGGACAUGUUUAUGUAGUGGAAGAUGCAGUGAUCUCGCGCAGAUCGUUCGGGAUGUUACGCGUUAUGGCGGCAGUUUUCGCCCAGAGGUGA